AUGACUGGAUUGCGGCCGUCGCGACCCCCCCAAACGGCCCUGACUACGGAGUGGCUGUGGGAAAGGUUUGCAGGCAACACCAGCCGCCCCCUCCCCAUCUUGUUGGAGUCUCUCGGCCCCGAUGUCAUCAAGCCCGCCGCCGAUAGCCUGACUGAAGGCGACGUCAAGUUCGUCCUAGUCCCCUCGGGGUACGACACCAUCUCCCCUCCGUCUACCCCAAUAGCCCCCGCCACGCCCACGAUCGCCUCGCCUGCCGCCAGCCCCAACUCUAAGUGGCGAGACCCCGCUAAGGUCGCCGCCGCCUCCACCGCCGUACGCAAUAUCACCCAUGGUGUCAAGGAGGCCACUAUGGAUCCGAGUUCCAUGGUGACUUUUGCCUCGGUAAAAUAA